AUGCCCGCGCCAAAUGCUAAGGCCAGCAAUCCCGUCAACACCACUGCCACUGCACCUGGAGGACAACCGGGAGCGGACGAGGACGCUGGAGGUGGCGAGUCUGAGCCCUCAAACGACUCGAAUAAAGGCCCGCUAAACACAACGACAGCACCUACGAGUAAUCAUAGCAGGCUAAACUCGCCCAAUACAGCCCAGAAGAUGCGCGACGCACAGGUCAGGUCGCCCCGCUCGCCCAAUCGUCCCCAGAUCACGCUCGAAAUCACACCCGCGACGCCAAAGUUGAGCGCAAGCAGCGCCGUUCCACCAUCCUCGACGGGCCUUGUAAGCCCUAGGAGCGAACGACAGCGUCAACUGGGCGCUGGAGCCCAAACGCCUGCAAGCGCAACGCCUGGCGUCGCUCCCUCCUCGUCGGCGCACAACCACGAGGCCGUCCAGUCGUGGGUCCAGAGCCAGGGUACUGGUGCCAAUGGCGACACGUCGACCAAUGCCCAUUCCAAGCAUCCUCCAGCGCCGUCGAAGCGAGAUAGCGUUCCGGCAACCCCCAGUGGCGCCAUGCGUGUCCGUCGACCGUCGGAGAGCAGCCAGAAGAGCGCCAAAGACUUUCCUCGCCCCCCCUCGGCCUCUGGCUCCCAAUCAGGCGGAGAGGGCAAGUUUUCAUUCAAAGAUCUCCUCUCCAGCGGUCCCAAGCUGUCCAGACGCAACAGUACCAGCUCCAAAAAGUCGGUCAGUUCCGGAAAGGGCGGUUCCGUCAAGGGUGGCUCCACUGCCGGUGAGAGUGCCCAGCUCGAAAGCAAGUAUGGCAUCUAUGGUAAGAUGGCAGUUGGCAAGGGCGCUACGAGUGUCGUAAGACUCGCCCAUAAAUGGGAUCGAACUGAAGACAAGCUGUAUGCAGUAAAGGAAUUCCGACCGCGUCGCAGCAAAGAGUCUCAGCGCGACUAUGUCAAGAAACUCACGUCGGAAUUUUGCAUUUCGUCCGCCUUGAGGCAUCCAAACGUCGUCGAGACGAUCGAUCUCAUGCAAGACCAGGAGGGGAAAUGGUGCGAAGUCAUGGAAUAUUGUGCCGGUGGAGAUUUGUACAAUGCGAUUCGCAAGGGAGGCAUGUCUGCUGCAGAGGUCGAGUGCUCGUUUAAGCAGAUUCUCAACGGCGUCGGUUACCUCCACGGUCAGGGUGUCGCUCAUCGCGAUAUCAAACCGGAGAAUUUGUUUUUCGACGCCAGAGGUCAGGUCAAAGUCGGAGACUUUGGCGCGUCGACCGUCUUUCGAUUGCCCUGGGAGCACACUAUUCACAAGUCGAGCGGGCUCUGCGGCUCCGAGCCUUAUAUCGCUCCAGAGCAGUUUACACAGCCUAACUCGUAUGACGCCCGGCUCGUCGAUAUCUGGGCAUGUGGGAUCGUCUACUAUUGCCUCCAUUUCCAAGAACUCCCUUGGGGAAGUGCUCAAUCCUCAGACCGAUCUUAUGCGCAUUACGCCCAGCAAUGCGCGACGCCACAGCUCAGUAUUGCCAACGUACCAUUCCUCAAGACUGCAACGACUGGCGUAAGCACUCCAAUCACGCCAGGGCCCGGAACGCCUCAUAGACAAGAUUCUUCGACCGCGACGGCGACAUUGCAUUCCGUUAUGACGCCGCUCUCCCCUUCGGGACCGUCGACGCCGUCGGGGCACGCACCGCAGUCUCGCGCCGAACGGGAAAAAGAGGUGGCCAAGGAAAACGCGGCGGCGUACCCGUCAACUAUUUACAACCUCAGCCCUCGCGCAUGUCGGCCAGUGUUGAGGAGAAUGUUGGAACCAAAGCCGGAAUUGCGCGUUACGAUUGAAGAUGUCUUGCGACACCCGUGGAUUCAAUCCAUCGAAGUUUGCACGGAUCCCGGCGUCGUGCCAAAGCAUAUUCACCCCGCGGCGAUUGCAGCCGCGGCCGCAGGUGGAAUUGCCCAAGAGAAGUAA